GUGGGGGAGGUAAUUUAGGGAUAUUGGGUGGUCAUGGGUGGGAUUUCAGGGGUUUUAGGUAGGCGGGUUUGGUGGUUUUGGGGGAAGGGGAGCAACCAGGGCGCGGGAGGGGGUACUGGCCGGCGCGUGGGCGGGGAAGAGGGUUUUGGCUACCGUGGUGGUGGUGGGGAAAAGGGUUUUGGCCGCCGCGGUGGUGGUGGGGAAGGUGGUUCGUGGUGGAGGCUAGGUAGUUUUUUUUUUAAUUUUUCAACCAAUCACAUGAUGACACGUGUCACCUUAACCGAUUAUAAUUGGUAAAAAUGAUCUCAACUUUCACGUAUUCACUUUAAAUAAUCCCAACUUGGGAUUAUUAUUAAAUAAUUCGAACUUUGGGGUGUAUUCGCUUUUUGGUCCCUAACCGGUUAUUAACCCCAACAAAGGAAAAAUACACUUUAAUCACAAAUAUGGGCGAUUUACUUCUAAUAAUCCCAACUUAGGUUUACUAUCUAAUAAUCCCAAAUAUGGGGUUAGUUUGCCUCCAAUGGUCCUAACCGGUCAACGAUGGGUCAAUGACUAGUUAUAACAGGUGACCAUGACAUGUGUCAACACGUGAUUGGUCCAAAAUAUUUAAAAACUUAGAAAAAAAAACCAUAAAAAAUAUAAAAAAAAAAACCCAAAAUUACAGCCACCAUCUCCUUUCCACUAACCUCGCCGGAACCCUAUCCCCACUCCAUAACCUUGCCGGAAAACGGCCAGGCAACCCCCCUAAACCACCGAAACGGCCAGCCGUUUGCUACCAGCCAUUCCCGACCCCCGAAAUCACCCACCCAGCCCACCCCGACCCCAAAGCCUUCAUUUUCUCUCUCUUCCUCUUCCACCAUUGUUGCGAUUUCCGUGUUCUUCAUCGUGAAGAACUCGCAAGAUCAGAGCCGCAAUUCUCUUCAACACCAGCCUCAGCAAUCAACAACAACCCGCAAGAUCAAAGCAAAUCGCGAUCGCCGAUAAUGAGAGUGAAGAUUGAGGGGUCUCCUGAGAAAGUAGUUAGCCCAGUUGCUGAAAUUGCCGACGUCGACAAUUGAGUUGAAUCGCUGUUGUUGCGGUGUUUCAUGGAUGUGCGUCGGCGGGGAUUGGGGCCGGGGUGACUGGCUGGGUUGUUUCAGGGGUUGAGGGUAUGUCAAAUUGGGUGGUAGCGGACCGGCCGACCAUUUUUGAUGGGUUAGGGGGUGGCCGGCUGAUUCCGGCGUGUUUAGGGGUGGGGGAAGGUGGCUGGGAAGUUUGGUUUUUAUUUAUUUAUUUAUUUUUUUUAUGUUAUAUUUUUUUUAUGUUAUAUUUUUUUUAUAUUGGACCAAUUACGUGUUGACAUGUGGCUAUUAAAACCCAAAAAAAAAAACACUCUUUCAGCAGGUUACCGGUCAUUGAGACCAUUUGAGCCAAACUGACCCCAUAAUUGGGAAUAUUAGAUAAUAUACCUUAGUUGGGAUUAUUAGAAAUAAAUUGCCCAUAUUUGAGAUUAUAAAAGUGUAUUUUUCCUUUUUUUUUUAAGGAAAAAGUGUAUUUUUCCUAUGAAUAAUUAUAAUGUAUAUAAUCCAUUACACCAUUUUACAGAGAAAGUAAAAAAAAUUAUAACUAAUUAGUCCUAAAUUAGUUAGAUCAUUUUGAGUACCAAUUAUUUUUGGUUCGAGUCAUUUCGGGUAUAAGGUAAUUAUAGUUCAGGUCACUUCGGGUUUUAAGUCUAUUCAAGUCAAUUACUUAGGGUCACUUCGGGUCGGAUCACUUCGGGUUGAGCCAAUUCGGAUCAGGUCAAUUCAAAUCGGGUCACUUCGGGUCAAUCAAUUCGGGUUACAAUUGGGUCGGCUUGCUUCGGGUUUUGUGUCACUUCGGGUCGGGUCAACUUCGAGUUUCAAGUCAAUUCGGGUCGGGUCAAUUCAGGCAUAAGGUGACGUUCGAGUCAACUCCACUUCGGGUCGGGUUAGUUCGAAUUUGGAUCAUUUUCAGGUCAAUGAAUUCGGGUCAAUUUUCAGAUCACAAGUCGGGUCAUUUGAGUCAGGUUAGGAUUGCCAGGCCUACUACAAAGUAUUGUAUUGCCAAAUAGGGACUUUAAAAAAAAACCGAGCCGAAACAUCCCACCAAGGCACCAACCAAAACACCCUCAAAUCACCGUUGUGAAAUUGUGUAAUAUAACUCAACUCACUCCCUCACUUGCUAUCUCCGAUUUCAAAAUUCAAAAUCAUCUUCAAAAAUUGGCAUACUUUCUCUUUUAUUAUUAUAAACUCCACUAUAAACUGUUCAUCAUCUCUCCAUUCUUCAUUUCUUCUCCGGCAAUCAUACUAUACUCCACCAUUGAUUCAAAUCUCGAGGAGAGAGAAAAUUUUCUGGGGUUUCUCUCUUCUCUACAAUGGUGUUGUUGGCCGCAAGCGGCGGCGACACCGUUAAACUUUUCGAUGUUUCCGUUGAGUCCGGCGAUCCUUGUUCACUUAGUUAUACUCCAUCGCCUGGUUUCCAAGUUAACUCCGUCAAAUGGAAUCAUACCAAUUUGGUGGUUGCGAGUGCUGGAGAUGAUAAGAAGAUUACAUUAUGGCGUAAAAAUGGACAGAGUAUGGGGACUAUUCCUCUUUUAGGGUCUGAAUCUGGGGACAAUGUUGAGGAGGCUAUAUCAUCCAUUAGUUUCAGUAACAAAUCAUCUAGAUACUUGUGUUCCGGGGGAAGUGGUCAAGUUGUUAGAAUAUGGGAUCUACAGAGAAAGCGUUGUAUCAAAUGGUUGAAAGGUCAUACUGGCUCAAUAUCAAGUGCAAUGUAUAAUUGCAAAGAUGAACACUUGGCUUCCAUCAGUACAAACGGGGAUCUUUUGGUCCACAACCUUGCCUCUGGAUCUAGAGCUGCUGAACUGAAGGAUCCUCAUGGACAGAUGUUGAGAGUACUUGAUUAUUCUCGAGUUAGCCGGCAUCUCUUGGCAACAGCUGGUGAUGAUGGCUCUGUUCAUUUGUGGGAUACAACCGGUAGAAGUCCGAAGGUCUCUUGGUUAAAGCAGCAUUCAGCACCUACUGCUGGUCUGAGCUUUUCUCCUUCAAAUGACAAGAUGAUUGCUACAGUUGGUCUUGAUAAAAAGCUGUAUACUUUCGACUCAGGCACAAAAAGGUCUUCGUUUUGCAUUUCUUAUGAAGCCCCCUUUUCUUCAUUGGCAUUCAGAGAGGAUGGCUGGAUAUUGGCUGCUGGAACAAGCAACGGUCGUGUGGUUUUCUAUGAUGUUCGUGGAAAACCUCAGCCUUUUACUGUUCUUCGUGCUUAUGGACAUUCAGAGGCUGUCACAAGUUUAUGUUGGCAAAGAUCAAAACCCAUUGACGUGAAUGAGAAAAACUGCACGGCUGAUAUAGCUCUUUUAGGAGGGGCUGUCGAGGACUCGAUUUUAAUGCCUGACCCGCUUCCUUCUGCAACAUUAACCAGUGCUCCACAAGCAACAACUUUUUCUGGUCCUCGUCGUUCAAGCUCUGCUGUGGAAUCAUCCUUUGCUGCAACUUUUACGAACAAUAAUCAGAAUUCAGAGGAAACUCCUCAUAGAAGCUCAUUGAGGACUGGUGGAGUAUUGCCAAGAUUACAAGCAACUAGGAACUAUAACUUUAAGGAUGAUAUGGAUGUUUUCUCCCCACUCUUAGACGUUCCAAUUACACCCUCACUUGAUAAACUAUGGAAUGACAAUGAUUUAUCCCGAAAAGACCAACCUGGCGAUAAAAAAGUUUCUCCACUAUUUCCCAAUCGAAAAUUCACACUUCCUGAAGCUGUUAAUGAUAUACACCCAAUUUUUGACUGGAAACCUGGUCCAGCUGCUAAACAGGAUGACUUCCAUUCAUCGCUUCCUGGUUCCACUCCUACUGCAUCUUCCAGAAGUGAGGAUUCAUCUAUUAUUCCUCCAGAAGCAUGGGGUGGUGAGAGACUAUCAGAUAAGAUUGCCCUUCAUCGUCAAUCUCUAGCAUCACGUCUCAGUAUGUCAACAUCUACCAGUACAUCGACUUCAACGUUCACUGGAUUGCAAGAUCCAUCUGCAAGCCAGUCUGCCUUGAGUUACUCCACGAGCACAAGUCUUAUCUCAAACUUUCGAGCAAAAGAUACAUCAUCUGGACAAGAAAAUUCACCCGGAACAUUUGGACAUGUCCCCUUUAGUGCUCUCUUGAAUGUUGGUUCAAAACCUGCCACAGGCCAGGCAAAUCCUGAAGCUAUUGGAUCUUUGAAUCCUUCUCGAAGAUUUUCCACCUAUGCUGAAAGGAUUGGCAGUUCUGCAGCAUUUACUGAUGGCGUUUCUGCUUCAUUGGGUUCGCCUAAAACCAAGAAAACAGGAGUUGAAACCCGGGAAGAACUUCAGAAUAGUUUGUUGGCCAGAUCUGAUACAACAUAUGCCGCUGAACCUGGAUUGCUUCCAUCUGUUAAUGGAGCACCAAAUUUACAUCAGAGAACACCUCAAGCUGACCUGCAGCAUAGAUCCUCCAACUUCACCCUUCAACUGUUUCAACAUACGCUACAAGAAACUCUAUCAUCCUUCCAAAAAUCAAUACAUGAAGAUGUGAGGAAUCUUCAUAUUGAAAUCCUAAGGCAAUUUCAUAUGCAAGAGACGGAAGUUUCAGGUUUCAUGAACAGAGUCGUGGACAAACUAGAUUCACUUACAGAAGAAAUUCAGGCAUUGAAGAAAGAAAAUGAACGGCUUCGCCAAUUGCUUUGAAAACUCACAAAGAUCUUCUUUGUAUUCUUUUAUUUGGAGGAGGGUGUUUGGUUGUUGGUUCCAUUUUUAUUCUUUCUUUUUUUGGGUUUUCCUGUAUGUAUAUAUGCAUCACUGAGUGGGUGAUGUGUUUUUUUUUUUUUCCUUUCCUUUUAACUCCAAUUUCCUGAGCCAAGACAAAUUUUUAUUUUUUGGCUUAGCAUUACAGGAAAUUGUGUGAUUAUAGCUAGAGAAAAUGAGUGUUAGGAUUACAAGGCUUUUUGUCUCCGUGAUUUGAAUCGUGUGAAAAAAAUUUGCUAAUCCUUUUGAUUAUCAAAUUAUGCAGUUUGGCCUUUGAUUGAAGAUUUCAAAUUUAA